GAGGACCUGAGCUUCGACCGGAUCGUCUCCUCUCCUUCCACCGCCUGCUGGGAGACAGCCCAAGUCCUCGCUGAGCACUUCGGGAGUCAAGGGAGCAACGGUGCUGCAUCGAUGUCGGUGGUAGCGGAUGAGGAGCUGGAGCUUUUACCCGGAGAGCUGGAUGAUGCUGGUGGAGUUUCAGCGGAGGCACGAAGACGCUUUGCAGCAGCAUUCCUGCACCAGCUUGAGCAGUUGAAUUCGCUCGAGGGAGGUGUGCAGGGCCAUCCCUCACCCAUGAAGCGGAAUCCUCGACCUAGGGUUCGCCCAUGCGAAUGGUCAAGAACUUCGGAAUGGAUCAUGCGAAAGCCCUCGACCGACACCAUCCGACUGCGGUAUGUCGUUCUUCCUGAUCCCCCAAGAGGAUGUCUCUUGGUCACUCACUGCCACUAUCUCCAAGCCUCCGCCUGCGCUUUGCCUGCCUUGCGGCACCGGCCCAUCCACACCACGCGCGGCGCCGCGUGCCUGGUGGCGCUGCGCAUGCCCUCGGGGGGAGCGUGGGAGGCCUGGCUGCGGGGAGUGGGGAGCGCACAGCUUGGCUCGAGCCACGAGUUGGCCAGCGCCUUGGCAGCGCUUCCACCCCUGGAGACCUGCCGUGCGACCUCGGCGCUGCGCAGCUCCUCCAGCGUUUCGAGCCUCAGCAGCUCGGGCGGCAGCGUGGCCUCCACCGCCAUGGUGGCAGCAGCCGAGAACGAAGGCUUCGAGAAAUACCCCGCGAUGACUUGAAGCCGCCCACGGUCCCCUGCGGACCCCACCAUGCAAUCGCCCGGAGCACCGGGAGUCGUCGUCGUAGACCCUGCAGAGCCGCGGUACGACUGGGACGUACCGCAGGAGCCACCGUCUGAUCCGCGGACGUACGAGCGGUGGAAGAAGGAAGACCGGAGGUACCGCAAGGAGACUUCGGCAGCCAGGACGCUCCUUCAGGCACCGGACCAUGGAGCUUAGAAGCCAUGUCCUCGGUGAGGCGAAUCCAAAACAAGCUCUGGGAUGUGGAACAUGCCCCAGGCACGGAGCUGAGCAGCCGACAGGCUGCUGAAAGCGUGGGCGAGAAUUUUUCAAAGCCGGCCUGAGAAAUGCGAAGGGCAGCGAGUGAAGGGCAGGAUACUCAAUACUCCUCCGUCCACAGCGAAGGUGGCAGCUGUCACGGCACUGGGCGUAGUUUCGGCAUUAUCAUUUACAGCUCAAAUGACAAAAGCACACGGUGGC